GUCAUUGACGCAUGAAAAAGUGACAAAAAUGGUGCCCGUUUACCAGCUGGCAGUGGCUAUCAUUGUCUGAUGAAAAAAAUCAACCCUUUUGUUGUAAUAUACAUUUGGAAUGGCGUCUGUUUUAGAAUUAGUUAAAUACUACCAACAUAGUCUGGAAAAGAAUUCUCACGACGAACCGAAAAUUUUAAAAUGCAUAGACAAACUGAGUCACUUAGAUGUGACAGUUCAACACUUACAAGAAACAGGUAUAGGCCGGACUGUCAAUGCAUUACGAAAAGAACCAGGAGAUGUUGGUCCUGCAGCCAGGGCUCUUGUUUACAAGUGGAAAGCAAUGGUAGCAGCUGAAUCAAGUGAUAAUGAGGGGGAGUCAAACACAGAAAACACUCACAAUGGGCAGAGAAAUGAUAAAGAUAGAGAACCUGAUAAUAGUCAAUACACUAAAAACCAAUCUGAACAUCGGGAAAGCAUUUCAACUGCGCCUAAAACAAAUCAACAAGUUCACAGAGAUAUGAAUGGCCACCAUGGUGGCAGCAAGAGGAAAAGACAUAGCAGUGAGGAAGAAGAGCCCGACCACAAACGUUCAAAACAAACAAGUCAUAGUGAUGAUAAUUACAAGAAACAUUCUGAUGCACGAGAACAAAAUGAUGAAAGCGAAAGCGACAGUUACGAAUCUGACGAUUCUGAAAGUGACGAUAGCGAGUCCGACUCUUCGGAUUCAUCUGUAGAAGAAGUAAAGGUUAAAGAAGAAAUUAAUAAAACACGGUCUGACGAGAACAAACUAUCAAAACAUUCUUCACACAACAACCACGUAGACCACAAAAGGGAAACCUCAAGCUCAAAGAAGCAACACGAGGCUGACCCCAAACAUACCGAACAUCAUAACUCAAAGUCGAAGCACAGGCAUUCGCCAGAAACAUCGUAUGAAAAAUCACACCACUCUCAUAGACACAAAAGCUCUAAGGAAAAAGAAAGCAGCAGCAAAGAAGCAAAACAUAAAUCAGACACAGAUAAACAUUCAGACCAUUCAAAGAGUAAAGAUUCGAAAACGGGCAAGUCAUCAAGCAGUCAUCACAGUUCAUCGGCAUCAAGUAGGCAUCAUAGCUCAGACAAACACAAGUCUAGUUCCAGCUCUCAAAAACAUCAUAAUGAAGAACGGAAAAUCAAACCUGAAAGACAUUCCAGUCAUUCAGACAAGCACAGAAGUUCCAGUGAGUCAAAAAGCGCAGAAAGGAAUAAGAGUUCGUCUGAAAAAGAUAUUCCGAAACACAAAUCAUCAAAAGAUAAAAGUAGCAGUAAAGAAACAUUUAGUAGUAAAGAUAAAGACAGACAUAGUUCCUCUAGCAAGGAAAAGUCAAGAGAAAAAAGUAAUUCUAAGGAUAAAUCGAGCACCAAUAGUAAUGAUAAGAAGCAUUCGUCUUCAAGUGAUAAACACAAAUCAAGUAAGAGCGAAAGCAAAUCGUCAAAGAAUGAAGAGAAGAGUAGUGAAAGUAAAUCUAAACAUAAGUCAAGUUCCUCGUCGGAUCACAAAAGUAGUAAGAAUAAAAGAAAAGAAGAACCAGAACCAAAGAAAAAAGCCCGUUUAACCGACGAGGACAGUGACGAUGGCAUCGACUGUGAAUCAGGUGCAAGUUUUGCUGAAGCAUUGGGCAUGAUCAGUCCAGCGAAACCGAAAAAGAAAUCGUCACAAUUGAAAGACAGUAUAUCCCCUAACAACAUAUUCGGUAACGAUAUGAGUCCGGCGGCUAUGUUAGCUCCGACUGCAAAAUUGGCGCCUUUGCCGGCAUUAGAAAUAUCUGCACUACCAGAGAUAUCGCCGAACUACAAGCCCCGACCGCCUCCUAAAUUUAUGUUCAAUUUCACAGACGAAGAGGCCUUAAGUGCAGGAAUAUCAUCGAAAAACCAAAGAACCAAAGUGUAUUCCGGGAAUAAGGUCAUAGGAAAAAUACCAACUCUGUAUGAGAUAUGCGUUAACAUUCUCCAAGAGCACAUUGACGCACUGGAGUACACAGGCGGUGUGCCAUAUGAAAUAUUAAAGCCUGUGGUAGACAGAGCAACUCCGCAACAGUUAUUCACACUGGAGCAUUAUAAUCCUUACCUCAUGGAGGAUACGGACCAUCUCUGGCAGAAGUUCUGUGAGAAAACAUUCAGAAACAAAAAGAGGCAAGAAAUGGAGACGUGGAGAGAGAUGUUCAUGAGAUGUCAAGAAGAACAGGAACACAAAUUGAAGUCUCUGACGGCAAACAUAAAAAUAGCGCAGGAAGCGAAAAAGGCUCCGAUUAAACAGACAAAAAUGGCGUACGUUGAUAGCGUCGUUAAGCCUCCCCGAAAUAUUGCCAGAAAGCAAGCGGUGCACGGCACGGCGCGCACCGCGAGCGCCAGUCCGGCGGCGCGCGUGGCCGCGCUGGCGUCGUCCGCCAACGUGAUGAAGGCGGGCGCCGUGCGGCCCCCGCCCGCCGCGCCUGUCGCCUCCUCCGCACUCAACAAGCCCAAAAAGGCGCCGCUGAUGCAGAAGGCCCUGCAGUUCAUGCGAGGCCGCAAGCGAUGAUGAACGUUACCGCUAGUCUAGUUUCUUCUACAUUUUGUAUUCGAUUCUCAACGGACGUAACAAGAGAUGAAGUUAAGGCGUUAUCAGCUUUGAUGACCUUCAAGUGCGCGUGCGUGGACGUGCCUUUCGGCGGUGCUAAGGCCGGUAUCA